AGGCUGACACGAAAUUAUUUCACGCACUUUGAAAUGAAAUGAAAACUUCUUCAUUUUAUUUAGCAGUAGCAAUUGUUAUUGCUUGUUGCUGCAUACCAAUUAGUAGUGGGGCGACGAAAUGUCACUGGGGUUAUAUGCCUAUAGCAUCAUCAUGUUUUCUCUUCAUCAGCAGUCGACUGACGUGGGAAGAGGCUAGACAACAGUGUGAGAAUGUAGGGGCCCACUUAGCUGUAUUAGAUACAGUCUCCAAAAGAGACAGUGUCAUAAAUUUCGUGAAAAACCAAGGAGCCGCUGAUCCAUAUUACUGGCUGGAUGGCAGGGAACCCUGGGACGAUGGACGGUGGAUAUGGUUCUCAAGGAAAACCCCAGUUGAUCAGAAUCUGUGGCUUCCAGGAGAGCCAAAUGAAUAUAAUUCCCGGCAGGAGGGUUGUAUGCAUAUUUGGGAAAAGAAUAACCAGUUUGGUAUCAACGAUACGCCAUGUAGAUUUUCAAAUCCCUUCAUUUGUGAAAUUGAUAUAGAUGGAAAUUGGGGUGACUGGACCACGUGGAGCACCUGUUCUGCAACGUGCGGCUCACAAAGUCGGCGGUCCCGCACUCGUGUAUGUGAUAACCCAGCACCUGUUAGCGCUGGUAAACCCUGCCCUGGAGAUAACAGACAAACUGAGUUCUGCUUUCCAGGAGAGUGCCCUGUUGACGGAGUCUGGAGUGUUUGGACACACUGGUCAACGUGCAGUAAAACCUGUGGUCAAGGCAACAGGACAAGACACAGGGCGUGUAAUAGUCCACCUCCAACCAAUGGUGGCAAGGACUGCCCAGGACAAUUGGUUGAGGUUGAAACGUGUAGUGGUCCGCCGUGUACAGCCAAGCUAUGCCCUGAUUUGUUCAUUGAGGUCACCGACAGCUUGUGCCUGUAUAUUUCCGACCCAAAGACGGAGGCAUACAAUUAUUUCCUGUCCAUGAAGGCGUGUGCCUCGCUGUCUCCGCUGUCUCGCCUGAUGACAAUGAGGAACAAAUACGAAUAUCAAAACAUGGUCAGGUUCUUGCCUACAGCGGCUGAAUACUGGAUAGGUGAUGACACUACAAGUAGCAGCAAUGCCCGUACCAAGCUCGGUAGUGGAAGCUUCGGCAUCUGGGCAGCUGGAUAUCCAUCCUCGCGCUCCCUUACUGGCUGCGUUGAAUUAAGUGGGAAGAGCGGGGCGUUUCUGUGGCAAGACGCCCCCUGCUGGGAAAGAAAACCCUUCAUUUGUGAACUUCGACCCAAAGAUACACUGGCGCCAGUAGUUGGUUAAAAUGGCAAAGCUGUCGUUUCAAUCGGGUAGCUCAUUGCUGUCAUUUUUUGAAAAUGGAUGACAUUGAUGACAUACAGUAAAGAUAUAAAUUGGAAGCACACUUCUUGCAUAUUCGUUUUAAAUCUCUCUCUCUCUCUCUUUCUCUCUUAUCUUAUAUCCAUCUUAGAUCGUAUUUUACCAACCAUCAUCAACAGAAAUAUAUAUGAAAUAUAAGUCCCACGUUUAUGCAGUAACAGAGGUGUAAACAAUGCACAAGGCACUUGAGCAUUCAUGUAUUGACUUUUAAAGAAACUUUUUGCAAGAAUAAAGUAAUUUUCCUCAACCAACAGCUUAAUAUUAAAGAAGUUUACUUCCAAUAUUUCGUUGUCUAACAGAGCAUCUUCAUCAGGGAAUUAGGCUAUCCAGGUGAAUAGCCUCUAUUCAGGAGGCCAAGGCUUGUUUGGUUACUAAAUAACAGUGAACACGGCGUGUACUAUGCACUAUGCAAACAAUGACAAUAUACUAUGGUAUAAUAAGGAUUCACUAUAAUUGUUGUCUGAAACGCUCGAGAUUCUUCAUCAUAAUGUACACUUAUAGAAUAUGUGGAAUAUAAAGCACUUGUGAAAACACGUUUCUAUAUAAAGCAAUUUGGAAUUAUAACGUAUAUAAUUAAUUGUUUAAUAUCAACAUGUACCUUGUGCACCGUGAUAUUUAAAUGUAUAUAUAUAUGAGCGUAUUCAGAACAGUGUACUGACAGAUUCACGGAACAAAUAUGGCGACCGACUAAAAGCUUGCCACUUAAUUAUCUAGACACUGAAUAUUUUCCCGCGGAGAUUAUGCAACAAGUAUUCAAGUGGUUCGCAAUAUAUGAUCCGUGGAGCUAUUAGUCCGCUGUUCUG